AUGCAUGUUAACCUGCUCCUCCUUCACCCGUUCUGUCCUUCUUUGAACUUAUACUUUAUUUUCCAGUUGUGGAUUUCACUUGCAGACCAAUACUUACACACAAAAAACAUUGAUUGGAAUGAAGAGCAAGAAAAGUGCUUUUGUGAUCAAUCCGGUGUUGAUGAUGAGGAACUAGGAGCACAAAUUGUUAAAGAUCUGCAUCGAACUGGUUCUAGUUUGUGCUCAGGUCCUGCUGGAUCACUGAAUCAAGCAAAACUCAAAAAAGUUCUUUUAGGAUAUGCACGAUGGAACCCAAAUGUGGGAUAUUGCCAGGGAUUUAAUAUGCUUGGAGCGUUAAUUCUACAAGUAUUGGAUAAAAAUGAAGGAGAUGCUAUUAAAGUUAUGAUAUACCUCAUUGAAGGUGUUUUACCACCGAAGUAUUUCUGUGAUUCUUUGAAUGGUCUUCAAACAGAUAUGGCAGUUUUUAGAGAUUUGCUGUCCACUAAAGUUCCUCGACUUUCGAAACACCUGUAUAAACUUCAAGGUUCAUUCGGAGAGGAAUCAUUCGAGCCACCUUUAACUAAUGUCUUUACUAUGCAAUGGUUCCUCACUAUCUUUUGCACUUGCCUUCCAAUCAAUUCCGUUCUUCGUGUGUGGGAUUUAAUUCUUAUUGAGGGCAGCGACAUCCUAUUACGAACUGCUUUGGCUAUAUGGACUUUUUUGGAAGAUCGUAUUAUUGGAACUAAGACUGCAGAUGAUUUCUACUGCAAAAUGGGCACCCUUUCGGCAGAACUAUUGAGUGGAAAUCUUAUUGAUUCUAACAGCUUAAUGCAGAGAGUUGUAGACCUUGGUCCAAUAACUGAUUUAAAACAGCUAAGAGAAAAGCAUGUAUACAAUGUUGCCAAUUUUAAAGACAAGAAAGGAUACAAACUCUUCUAUUCAGAUGACGAAGGAGACUCAGAUGAUGAUUCACGAAUGGCUGUUGCUACAGCUUGGGGCCUUCGUAUGGGUCGCCGUGAUUCAGUAGGUGUUCCAAAUACUCAAAGACCUUCAAGUGAUAGAGAGAAAGUUGUGCUGGAUAUCAACUUGCUUAAACAUCAAUAUGAACGCCUAAGAGAGAGACAACGUCAGGCUCAAAUUAUUCUUACUGCUGCUUGUGCCCGUCAACCUGCAAAUGCUUCAUCAACACCAUCAACAUUUCAAGUUAAUCAAUUACUCUUUGGUCGGAAUGCUAUACUCAGCAACAAAGGUCGACGUAUUGGUCCGCCACAGGGUGCAAUUCCACCUCCAAGAAGGUCGAAUACAACAACUAAAACUAGAAGUUCACCAAAAUCAACAAAACGAGACGAAACUCUCAAUUGGAAUAAUACAGAUGCAGCAAAAAUGAGAAAAAAUAAUCUUAAAUGGAAGGAUGCAAUACAUGUUGAUGAAGUGAUGGAUAAAACAGAAGAGCAACAUAGUGCGACUGAGGAUGAGUCAUCUUCCGCUCACGUUGUUACAAAAUUCAGGAAGCGAAGUGAAUCCUCUUCAUAUAGCGAAGAUUCAAGUACAAGUACAAGUUUAUGCGAUGAUGAAGAGGAUAAUACUUCAUCAUUUGACGUCAGUCCCUUUAAAAAUAAAAUUAGUCCAGACAUUCAAGUGCCUACGAUGAAUAAAGCAGAAGAUAUUCAAACGUACAUACGAAAUUCAGAAGAUGAUUCUGAUGUGGCAAGUAAUAUGAUGCUUCUUGAAAAUUCAGAUGGGCCAUUUCCAAAUUUAGUAGAUGAAGUUGAUAAACCUAAAACACCUCCAAAAAUAUUCUUUGGUGACAAUACUAUAUCUCUUGUUGUAGAGAACGAUAUAACAACUACUUCUGAGAGUCAAAAUACUAUCAAACCAAUUGAAGUAUCCAUUAGUAGUAUUACAAGUACGAGUCAACUCUCACCGAUUGGUGACUUUUCAGGAUAUCUCAGUACAUCUUGUAUCAGUCCACUGAGAACACCAUCAUGUACCCUAGAAUUCUCAGAUUUCUUAACUAAUAUUUCCGGAGAUCCUUCGCCGGAUCAUCAAUCUGAAAGCACAAAUUUUGAGUUUGAUGACGAUAAGUUUAAUAUAGAUGAAACAGGAAUAACAAACAAAUUAUUUGAAAGAAUCCUCUCUAUUGAUUUGCCAAAAAAUUUAGAUACACAUGAUAUUCCAAAAACAGCAACUAAAUGUUUUACCACGGUCACCAGUUCCACUGAAAAUAUAAUGUCUGAGAGAGAAGCCCCUCGAUCAAUAUCUCUAAAUCCAGCGGAUUUAUGUCGACAAAAUACACCACUGUAUUGUUCAAAAAUACAAGACCUUUCCCAGACCACAUUGAAUUUGAUGACAAUUCCAACUUGCAGUGAUGUUAGUGACUUUACUGUUAAUACUCCUUCCCGAAUAUAUGAAUCAACGUCUGACCAAAAAUUAAACAAAGAUGCACCAGAAGUGAGAACUCUUUCUGAUACAUUUGAUCUAAAAAAUAUUGAUCAUAAUUCAGAGUGUCUCAAUCUAAAUAGUUCGACUGAAAAAUUAAACGAAUAUUCUUCUACAAGACGAAAUAGCGAUAGGGCUUUAAAAAUUAUACAAGAAAAUUCUUUAAUAUUGCAUCGUUUACUGAAGAAAAAUACAUCAGAUGCAGAACAAAUUUGCAAUGAAAUGGAAUAUGAAGAUACAGAAUAUAUGAAAGAUUUGACGAAUAAUGAAGUAAUGAAUUAUCUUCCUAAUGAAGUAUCUUUUGUUUCUACUGAAGAGCCUGAUGUGACGACUGAACAACACAUUACGUCAUCAGUAGUAUCCCCAGAAACUUUCGGCAAUAACGAGAUUUUAGAAAGCAUUGAUACAAUUCAUUUAAAAAGUAAACCCAGUUCUCCUACUUACCCUAAAAUGACACCUAGUUAUUUAGAUAAUUCGCCAUGUAAAAAAGCUGGAUCUUUUGAAGAAACGAGUAUGUCAAAUAUAUCCGAGACCCUUACUUCAAUAGAGAAUACCAUAAAAUCUAUUAAUUCAUUGUGUCAGGAUCGAGAAUCAACUCAAACAAGCCGCAGAAGUCGUCUAAUGGAAGAAAUUGAAGAGAUUAUCAGGGCACCCAACCCAAAGAAAUACGAAAAUUCUAAACACAGAUCCGAAGCAAUAAAUAUUUCAUCUUCAUCUGAGCUUAAGGAUGUUAAUAAUUUAAUAGUUACAGACAACUUAUCAAUAGUACCAAGAGGAUCGCGUGAUUUAUCACGUGCGGCGUCACCAAGAAGACGGAGAGAUGAAGAACGCGAAGAGUAUGAAAGUCGCGCAACAAGGAAUUCAUCUACAGUACCCAGCAUUACAAAAACUUUCGUUGAUGCAAAUUAUACUACAUACGCUUCAUCAUUAAUUAGUAGAAAGUAUCCGGAUAAACUAGAAAUUCGUCAUACUACUGUAACAGCCACAUUGUAUGAUAGGUACUUAUUACAAAAGAAUGAAAAAUCAACCAGACUCGAUAAGUCCCCGUCCUCACCGGUUAUUACAAAAAAUUAUUCUGAUUAUUUAACUGCGAUUUCAAAUGAUCGCAUUACAAAAUCAGCUGAAAAUUCUCCAUCGCGGUAUUAUCCUCCAACGACAAUACCUCACAAUUCUGAAUAUUCAUCUUCAAAAUCACCGUCCUUACUUUCAAAUUUAUCACCGUCAAAAGAAAAACAGCAUCUAAUACCACUUAAUAUGUCAAAUCAAAGCUACGAUGAUAUUUCACAUAGAUAGUUACUGUUAAAGUAUAGAAAUAAAACGGCUGUCUUAUAAUCGCCACCUUUCCAAUCUUCACUUCUGUAAGGAAGAACGAAUGCCUUGAAGUAUGAUAUACUGCUCAAUAUGAAAGUUGUAUUGUACCGACUAAAAUAAACUCGAAUUGUGUAACUAUUAUAAAAUCUUUACCCGUUGUAAAAUAUACUGGAAGCUUAAUCUCAGUAUAAUAAUGUAAUACCAACAGUAAAUCCAAUUAAGCCAAAUUAAUGUACUGUUUCCAUGCAUAUUUCGAAUACUAAAAAGAAACAAAUAUAUUAAGAACUGUAUACAUAAAACAGCAGUACAUUACAAUUAACAUUUUACUUGUGCUUAAAUUUAGAGGAUAUUAUUUUUGUGAUAAGCAAUGAAUAUACAAAUUAUAACUAGAUAUUUAUAAAAGAAAAAAAAACAAAUUCGUCUAAAAUGUGAAUUAAUUUAGUAUAGUUUUAAAGAUCUUUAUGCUUGUGCCAACCUAAACUAUAAAUUGUAACAAAUUUCAAUACUCAUAAAAUACUAAUAUAGUAAGUUAAAAAAAAACAUUAUUUUAAAAUUGAAGAAAUUGAUUUGAAGAUGGAACGAAAAGAAAAUCAAAUUAUUUAGAAAAUGUAGUGAACGAAAAUCACAGAUAUUAUAUUCAUGUAUCAUUUUUUUAAUUAGUUGUUAUUGUUAUUAUUUUGUAUUUCCAUGUAUUUAAUAUUGCACUAUACAGUUUCUUUAGCAUGACCUGAUCAUUCUGAUACGCAAUCAUGUGAGUAAUCAGUUACAAAAAAUGACUUAUUCGUAUAUAUUAAAUUAUUUACGUAUGCUAUAUUAUAUUAUGCAAAUUAAUUAAUUUAUUAAAAAAAAACUAAUUUAUUGAAAAUAAAAUCGUUAAAACUAAUUAUAUAAACUAUCAUUGAUCAACAUGCUUUUUAAACAGAUCUCUCUGAAACAGAUAUAGAAAAAAUAUUAAAAAUAUCUUUGUGAAUAUUUGUACAUAACUAACCUGUAAAAAAUAAUAAACAUUGACUUUCACUGAGAAUAAUAGAUUACUUAUCUUUGAAUUGUGAAGUGUAAAUGAAACAUUUCAAUUAAUAUAGUUAAUUCCGUUUACAAAAAAAACAUCCAUAUUAAUAACUUGUGUUUGAGGUGCUGUUUCAAUUGUUAUCCUAAAUUUUGCAAAUAAAAAAAAAUGUUAUAUAAAAAUAUUGGACAAAUACAUUUGUUGCAGUAAUAGAAAAAGA